UCUUCAUCGCAGUUUGCAGGUUUUUCGGUUCUUCGGCCGCGUUCUCUUCUUCUCCAUUCUUCACCGCAGCUCGCAGCCUCUUCGGUUCUUCCGCGUUCCCGUCGUUGUUUUCGUGUAAGUCUCUGUUUGUUCUCUCUCUCUCUCUCUCUCUCUCUUUCUUUCUCUCUCUUAAUUUGUCUGUUUGUUCUCUCUCAGACAAGAGAGGCUCUUCAGGGUAAUUUCUGUACAUAUGUUCUCCCUCUUUCGGACUCUCAUCCUCUUCUUCUUCUCGCAAACCCUAAAGUAAAAACCUUCGUUUUUUUUUCAUCAUCUUCAUCUGAAAUCUCCUUCAUAUGUUGGGGAUUUGAAGUUUGAAGCUCGAGCUUCGAACUGAUGAGUGCCGUGAGAUUUUUUUUUCGUGAUUUUGCUUUUGUUGUCGCAAAUCUGAUUUUGUCGUCAGAAACUAAGGAACUUUCUUUUGUUCUUGCCAUGUUUUGUUCUGCUGUGAGAGAGGCAAAAAAAGAAGAGGGCACGGAGGCAUUUACAAGAAGAAACGAAGUGAAAGGCUUUGGUCAGAAGUUAAGUCACAAAAUUGAAAAUGCAAUGUAGUGAUUCUUCCAGCGAAUCAGAGCGGUUUCGAGUUCGAAGAUUAGAAUUGUUGGACAAAAAUAAGGGUUUUAUAGAGCUACUGCAACAGCUAACUGUAUGUGAUUCUGUGUCUGACAAAGAAUUCGGAGAGAGAUUUCGAGAGCUCAGCUCCCUUGGAGAUAAUCAUUUGAUUGGUGUUAUUGAAGAUCAGUUCGGAAAGAUUGUUGCAACUGGGAGUGUAUUCAUUGAGAAGAAGUUCAUAAGGAAUUGUGGCAAAGUCGGGCACAUUGAAGAUGUCGUGGUCGAUGGCAGCACUCGUGGGAUGCAACUGGGAAAGAAGAUUGUUGAAUUCCUCUCGGAUCAUGCCCGUUCAGUCGGGUGUUACAAGGUGAUUCUUGACUGCAGCAUUGAGAAUAGAUCAUUCUAUGAAAAAUGUGGCUUCAAGCAGAAAGAAAUUCAGAUGGUGAAGUACUUCAUUUGACAAGGAUUAACUUCUGCGUAAAAAAGAAAAAACGUUAACGUAUUUUCUGCAAAGAACUGGCUCUUAUUAUAUCAAAUAUCAUUCAUUUGCAAAAGUACUAGCUCUUGGUGUUUUGUUUAAACAUCAUUUAUUUGCUUUUGCUUUCCUAAAUUGUAUUCUUAAAUUGUGUAAGGCCAUUCUUUUCGUAGGUUUGGACCUAGU